AUGUCGCUGCUAAUUGUGUUUACCGCAAUUGGAAUCAUCGCCGCGGCCUAUCGCGUGUUUUACUUCUUCCGCCCAUUCAUAACCUACUUUCUGUUGCGAUUCUUCCUCUCCAAACGGACAGACCUGAAAAAAGCGGGCGACUGGGCUAUCAUAACUGGUGCGACAGAUGGUCUCGGCAAAGCAUUGGCCCACGAGUUGGCCCGAGAUGGAAUGAACAUUUUCCUUAUAAGCCGGUCAACCGAAAAACUAACCAAGGUGUCCAAUGAAAUCGAGUCCCUUUUCAAAGUAAAGACCCAAAUUUUCACCGCCGACUUCACCACCGUAAGUUCUUUGUUGAAUCUGCCCUUGUAGCUUAGAAUGUUUAUGCAUGGGUAACACGUCUUCGCUUUCCGAGUUGGCUUUCUUUUGAAAUUAACUUCAUAAUAAACGCAUACAGGUAGCAGCUUGUUGACAGUCUGAUAAAGCUGAUUAAAUUAACAAGCGGUUGGCGCGGCCGAUUUUGGUUGUUCGUUUGUGCAUGCAUGCGCUCGCCAUGGCUGUCCCAGCCGGUGAAGAUAAUGUUGCUGCUUAUACCUCUGCUCACGUAAUGAUCUGCGGCAACGAAACUGGGCUGCUCGAGCCAUGCUCUCUUGCAUUUACGAAGACCAAAUACUGACGGGACGAGGUGACCAGAUUUUGAGUUGAACUUUUCGAUGCCUUCUGAUGGGUAACGGCACCGACUCUGGGGCGGCAUCACUGAACUCGAACGAUGUAGCAGCGAGUGGAGACUGUCUAAAUCGAACGAACUCGAUGUAUUUCCCCCGAGGCAUGCUUUUUAGACAAUUGUGGUCAAACAUCUCCAGCCUUUGUUCAUUGUCCACUUGCGUAGCUCUGCACUCACAGGACAGAUCGAACAGAUGCCCGGUACGCAUGCAUGUUUGUAGCGAUGGCUGUCAUGCUAAGUCUGUAAAAAUCUUCUUGGGAUUGUGAAAUCCCGCGGCUAGCAUUAAUUCGCGAUACAGUUUCGUUCGUGCAUGCUUGCACCUGCCAUGGAUGUCCCAGCCGGUAACGAUAAUGUUGCUGCUUAUACCUCUGCACACAUAACGAUCCGCGGCAACGAAACUGGGAUGCUUGAACCAUGCUCCCUUACAGUUACGAAGACUAAAUACUGAUUGUCUAAAAAGUAUUCCCAUGCACUGACGGGAGGGGGUGACCAGGUUUUGAGUUGAACUUUUUGAUGCCUACUGAUGGGUAACGGCAACGACUCUGGGGCGACAUCACUGAACUCGUAGGUUGAACGAUGUAGCAGCGAGUGGGGGCUGUCUAAAUCUAAACGAGCUCGAUGUAUUUCAUCCGAGGGAUGCUUCUUAGACAGUGGUGGUCAAGCAUUUCCAGUCCUUGUUCAUCGUCCACCGGCGUGGCUCUGCAUUCAGAGGACAGACUAAAUGUUUGUAAUGAUGGCUGUCAUGCCUGGUCUAUAGAAACAUUUUUUUGGAUUGGGAAACCCUGCGAGUAGCAUUGAUUCGCGAUACAGCUCCUUCCUUACUCGAAGUACUUGAGACUUUCAGUGUCCCAAUUUUGGCAUUUAUUAAUCCUAAGGGGUGCCUUCUGGUAACCAGAAAUGCAGCCCGACAGCACCUUAGAUUUCCGAGAGUUUAGGGGUAAACGGAUUAGCCUGACGAGUUUAUUCGCCUACAACACCUGAGUCUGUAGGUCUUCAUUGCGUGACGCUAGCAAGGCGGUAUUGUCAGUGUAGUAAAAGUUAGUCUGUCGGCUCGUGAAUACUAAUUUGACACCAUCGGAACCGCGUAAAGCACUUUCGGUAAUCCAGUCAAAGUGUGUUUCUACAUUAUGGGUUUUAGAAUCCAGUCCUGUCGAAUGCCUUCAUAUCAGAAUUUUCGCAAUGAUGCAACGAUAAUGGACCCUGAUCAUGACGAAAGUUUUGCCGGAACAUCGUCUGACUGCAUUAUCCGACACAGGGGUUCAUUAUGGACGGAAUCGAACGCCGCAUAAAGGCAGACGACUGUCGGUUGCUGGUGGUACCGGUUGAAUUCUAGGAUGCUCCGCAGUGUAGGUCUCUGAUCAGUGCAUCCACGCCCAGCGCGGAAGCCGGCUUGUUUAAUUCUUUACCUAUUUCUAACUGCAUCUAGAAGCCUUCUGGUAACCACAAUGGCGAAGGUCGUUACGGCAUUGUCAUUGAGGCCUGUGUUGUGGUAGUUCUGUCCCUUUGUGUCUGUCUUCAGGAAGAGGGUAAGACAAAGAUAGCUGAGUCCCAGUCAUUAGGGACGAGCUCAGUCACCUCGUCGCGUUGACAUUUCUUCCGGAGAAAAGCGGUCGCAGGACACUGUGCAGGAUGUAGAGGGAUGAAACUGCUGCGGAACAGAGACUAAGCUAAUGGCUUGGCAACCUUGGUCGAGUCCUAAGCUUUGAGACAACCACCCACAUCACGAACAUAGUUACUCACUGCAGAACGCCCAUCACUAAAUUGGCUAAUAAUUUGGCAAGUCCUUCCAGUGUCUCUGAUGUUUAAAUUCGGCCUUUUAGAGGUCGCCACGAAAACCCCAUAGAUUCUGCGGUAAUCUUUAGCCGAUUUUGCUGUCAUGAUUUGUGGUUAACGACUCUAACUGUCCAGACAGAUAACUGUAAGAUCCCUGAGUACAUUUGAUCACUGCAGCGCCUUAAACUGGAGUCGUAAAGCGAGGCCGGAUUUCUGUUUGAUUGUUUCCAGAAAUUUAACCCCCGACCAUGCCUACCAGAAGAAUCUUGUGGGUCUCUGUGAUAUAGGGUAAAGUUGAAGUUGACCCUGUGGGCCUGAGUCUCGGAUCCGGAUUCCAAGCAGACAGCAGACAUUCACGUUGUACUCAUAAACCCUAUGCAUUGCCAGACUUUGUGCACCAGGGUGGAGGAGCGUUUGCAUAUCCCAGCGUCCAAUGACAAGUAUCCGUUUCCGAUUGCCUAGUUCAACUCGCGUACCAUUCUCCCGCACCAUUACACCAGGGUUUCGGAGCGCGUCGGUCCCUGCGGUCAAAGCACUAGUGCUCAAGUCGGGCAUUUCCACCAGGUUUCUUGGGAAUAUUGCAAACAGACAGUUUUUAAACAGCCACUCGAUCUGUUUGUUCGAGGUUAUUCCUACGGUAAGAGCUGUGGAUUAAGGCAACGAUGACAAAUCAACUUAUUUAUUCGCAGUUCAAGGUCACCUUGUCUUAGGGUCUCCAUCAGGCUUUGAUGUGAACGCACCAGAUGGCCAGCAGUUAAGCUACCGGCUGAACUUCUCUUCCCCAUUCGCUUUGUUGAUCGUCACUCACGGUGUCUUUCUGCCCAGAGAAUAUGACGGAAACCUGAAUUUCGUAUUGCGAUGUGACCUAGAAUUGUCAUGCUCCUUCAGCAACUAGUUGUAGCAACCCUCUUCCCGCAGAUCUUGUUCAUAUUGUGCUGCCUUCUUGCUCCACCAUGGAUGCGUCGUUCAUUGACUUUCCUUCCUUUUCUUCUUCUUUCUUUUCUUCUUCUUCUUCUUCUUCUUCUUCUUCUUCUUCUUCUUCUUUUAGACCGACUUUUAUGAAAAUUUGAGGCUGAAAAUUGAAGAACUUUCCUCAGUUUCCAUUCUCAUCAAUAACGUCGGCAUCUCCUACUCCCAUCUGGACGCCCUGGCCACAUGCGAUGAUCUGACUCUCAAGAAACUGCAGGAUGUGAUUGUCUGCAACGCAACGUCAACGACUUGCAUGACCCGCAUUACCCUGCCAAAGAUGCUAAGUUCCCCACCACCGGCUGGCGUCCAUCGCUACAUUGUCAAUAUUUCGUCAGUCACUGGUUGCUUUCCCACCCCUUACCUUUCUGUUUACGCUGGCGCCAAGGCCUUUAUAAAUAAUUUUACCGCCUCAUUAGCUGGCGAAUUAGAAGGCACCUGUGUCAAGGUGCAGGCUAUUAUGCCCAGCAUUUUAGCGACUGGCUUGUCAAAAGUCGAGCGUCCGAACUUAAUUGCACCCGCUCCUUCCACUUUUGCGGCGUCGGCCCUGUCUAUGUUGGGUGUAAGAAGAGACAGUUGCGGUUACCUUCCUCAUGAGAUGUUCCUAACCUACAUUCUAGCCCUCCCCGCAUGGCUGCGCGCUGUCAGACUUGAACGAUCUUUUCAGCGCGUUCGAGACAUAAGCUGCGAGCAUCAAAAAUCGAAGGAUUUAUAAGCACACCGCCAGCGUUUCUUGCUUUUGCAACUGUUUGUACUUGUUAUCGCGCGUUCUCGCCGCUUGGACCAUAUUUCACUUCCUUACCGCCCCCCCCCCCCAUUAUCCCCCACACUCCUUCCUGCGAAUGUUUCCUUUCUGCAUGAAUGAAUACAGGCUUGGUCUUCAUGAGGACCUCUUAUCAAGGUCUUUUUCCGUCGUUGAAGUGCAGUCGGAUUGUACUAAUUACAGUUUGUUUCUUCUGAUGCUCGGGCUUUUAAUGCUUGCGCUCCUAUCGUUAGCGGACUGCAACCACGUCAUCUAAUCGUUUUCCGUCGUCAGUAUUGUAGUUUGAAAAAUCCAUGCGGUAAUUCGCCCUUUACGGGGAUCCGCACGAGGUCGGAUAGUAGGCAAGCCCCUCUGUUGACUCCUAUUCGUCGUGUAACAGGGCUCGUCGGAAAUCCCAGGAAGUCUACAGUUAUGCGUCAAUCAAACUGGUAACUGGCCCCUUUUAAAGGUCGUAACGACCUGCUGUAGUGAAGACUAUCAGACAAGGCAGUGCUACGUCUGUCGAAUAAGCAGUCACGAAUUAAUAGCACCGCUGUUAACUUACCUUCAUUAAUCACCAACAAAUCCAACGAAGGCUGAUGAGGUAGUGUGGUAUGGCACUCUGGAACAGUCAUGAACGAAUUUCUAGCGCUUUAAAUACGUCUCGUAUAAUUUCAAAUAAGCUGUAGGCUGAGACCUAGUCAUCUGCUCAGGAACUCACACCGUCUGUCGUGCUUCUGUGCCUCAGCAAUCACGUCGGUUAGCAAUAUACAUUAAUCGACAUUCCCGCAUCCACGGUCCACAGCAAGCACUUUCCAACUGGGAUUUUCCUACUUAACAUCGUGGUUCCUAAGAAAUCUAUUUUGGCCUUGAGAUUCGUCGCCGCGAUCUACAGUAUCAGGUCACUGCGAGUUCGUUCACACGUACCUAAGGCGGCGCAGUGACCAGGUGCUGGCUUUUCGAAAUGCCGAAGACGACAAAAUCCUGAUAGGGGAGUGCUGAGGAGUACCACAACUGUCAGGCGAAAUUCCGAGGGAAGACACUCAAAGGGGAGUCUUGUUGUGUGCAGAGCCCUGAUUUGCCGUCUCUGGCAACCGGCGAGGUUAGGAUGUGCGCUGAGGGUGUUAAGUCAUUCCCGGGAGAGUGUGGGACUGUGCUUUCGACUGUUUCGAUAAAUGCGUCGGAGCUGAAUCGAGGCCUUAUCUUGCUGUGUGUUUAAGUGGGGCGUGUACGUUUGUGACUGUUUAGGCGCACGCCCGUUCGGGCUAAAUUUAUUUUCUAGUGGUCGCGGGGCAACGUGUCUGGGAUAAGGUGAGGCUGUUUUGCGGCAGGAAUUUUUACAGUAUAACUAACCCACCCCCGAGUUGCUUCA